AUGAUACCGCUCUCCAAAUCCCUCGGUCCAAGAUCAACAUUCCUCCGACCGCGACCGAUAACCCCCGGAUUCCACCCUUUGCGCCGAACUCGCUGUCAGCGCUACAAGUCCGAUUCAGCGUCGAAGAAUACUACACCUCCAAAUUCAAAUGCCCAUGCGAACACAAAUGCGGGAUCGCAUACUACCCCGUCACACUCGCACCCAACCUCAACUCCCCAUACCUCACAGCCACCAAUAAAUACACCCGCCGCAGCAGCAGGCGCAGCAACACCACCCAUACAACACACCCGCACCUUCGGCGUUCGCAUUCGCGACUCGAUCAAGGCUGGUCCAGCGGGGAAAUUGGGACGGUGGUAUGCGCGCGUGCAAAAUGAAAGGCCAUAUACAACCCAGUUUUGGAGUUCGAUUGUUAUUUAUCUCUGUGGAGAUCUGAGUGCACAGAUGCUUUUCCCUGCUGAGAUCUUGCCUGAGAAGGGCGAUCAAGGCGCUGCUGGUCAGACACAAGCACAAGCCACGGAUAGAGAUGGGGAGGACGAAGAGCCCCAGUAUGCUGGGUAUGAUCCGUAUAGAACAAUGCGGCAUUUGGUAGUUGGGGCUGGUUCGAGUAUUCCUUCUUAUAACUGGUUCCUCUUUCUCGGCAACCACUUCAACUACCCUAGCAAAAUCCUCUCGAUCUUGACAAAAGUAGUUGUCCAACAGACGUGCUUCACACCCAUCUUCAACACAUACUUCUUCAGUGUGCACUCCCUCCUCGGUGGCGCAACAAUGGAAGAGACAUAUGAGCGCCUGAAGAAGGCCUUGCCUGUUUCUAUCACGAACAGUGUGAAGCUCUGGCCGGCUGUUACGGCCUUUAGCUUCAUGUAUGUGCCUGCGCAGUUCCGAAAUGUGUUCUCCGGUGUCAUUGCUGUUGGGUGGCAGACUUAUUUGUCUUGGUUGAAUCAGAAGGCUGCGAAGGAGGUUUUGUUGGCUGAAAUUGCGGAGGAGGAGAGGGAGUUACUAGACGACCUCCUCCAAGCCGCCUCGGAACACGCGACCGUCCAGCCCGCCACUCCAACCCCAAUUUCAACUAUCCCGACCUUGACCACGCCCUCGACACGGACUGCUCCGGCACAGGCAUUUACAGGAUCUGGAACUCCCGACCCGAACUUGAAAUCUCUUUCGCCUGCGGCAAUCGCAGCCCUUGUUGCCGAUAUUGAGGAUGGCGCUGGCAUUGCGCAACCGGGCACACCUACAGGCGCACGCCUACCUAAGGUGCUGGGCCGAGAAGGGCCCCUGUCACCGUGGCGUGUGGGCGGGUUUGGCAGGAUGGCGAGCACCAGCCCACGCGCAAGCGCAAGUCCACGCGCUGGCAACAGCAACAGGGCCAGCGCGUUUGUCGAGCACACCGAUUCAACAGAGGGCAGGACAAUAGAGCGCGAACGUAGCGCAGCUCGCGAGCAAGACUGGAUCCAGCAGGACCCAGCUGUGAAAGCACUCGAUACGCGGCCCCCCGUCGAGCGGUUCCGCAGAGCACCCAAUAAAGCGUUUUCUGUUACGGAUCUUGUUUCGCCUGCUUGGUGUGAGCUGCAGUAUUGGUAUACGCUCACCAAGCAUGGGCGCAAGAAGCGCACGCCUGCUAUGCUUCGGGGUAGUACUGUGCAUAAGACACUUGAAGAUGAGAUAUAUACCACUGUUCCUGUGGAUAUUACGACGAAGGAGGAUGCGUGGGGUCUUCGGAUUUGGAAUAUCAUCCAGGGACUGCGCAUGCUGCGUGAGUAUGGGGUUACGCGUGAGAUGGAGGUUUGGGGGCUUGUUGAUGGGGAGAUUGUCAAUGGGGUGAUUGAUCAGUUGACUUAUGAGUGUCCUGAUCCUGGGCUCGAGGGGACGGCUGCUGGGUUUUAUGCUGAUCUUGCUGCUUCCAAAGCUGCUUUGCCUGAGUAUCAGAUGUCUUUGUCUGAUUAUCUACUUUCCUCUGCGCAGGGCGGGAGGAGUCUUUCGGAAUGGGGACAGAGUGGUGGUGAGAAAGUGACUGGCCUGGACGAGAUGGAGCAGGAAUUGCCGUCGGAGGUUUACGGUCUACCUCGGGUUUAUUUGACGGAUGUCAAGACCAAGGCUAGCCGGUCUAUACCGACUGUUAAGAGUACUGGGUUCCGGCCUACUCUCCUCCAGUUGCAGCUCUACUAUCAUAUGCUCAGCCGUCUCGUUACAACCGACGAUGUGACGAUCGACGUCCUCGCCGCUCGGUAUAACUUCAACCCGGAGAGUUCAUUCACGAAUGCAUUCGUCUCAGAAGUCGGCGGACUAAACGAUGAAUUCUUUGAUGCCCUUUCUUCCCAGGAACGCGAAGCAAGUCCAACACCAAACGCAAAGAACCCAGCAUCAAGCCCACCAGCCAGCCAAGACUCAACCAGCAUCCUCAUGACACACAAUACUCUCUCCCGCCUCUGGGACUUCAUGAAAGACCAACUCCGCCUCACAUUUCUCCCAGAAACAACCCUCACAUCCAUUGCCCCAUCUAUCCCCUCAACAACCCAACCAGAUCUUUUGGAGGAAUACCAAACCCUCCUCUCCCCCGUCCUAACAGCCCGAUACCUGUCCUCCGCCGUAGACGUGGAUUCCGAUUCCCGCCACCUAGGAAGUCGAUCCUUCCUCUACGAUCCUACAACCAUGACGUCGUAUCUCUCCGACCAGAUGACCUGGUGGCGUGGUGAGCGUGAUCCCCGUGGUGUGGAGGUAAUGGAUGCGUGGAAGUGUCGAAUCUGUGAAUUCCGCAAUGAAUGUGAGUGGCGUCAGGAGCGCGAGCUGGCUUAUGCUAGACGAGGCGGAAGGAGGAGGACUAGUGCUUCGGCCGAUAUUUGA